CCAUGACACAGUCAUCCUGUCUGUCAUUUGGAAUAACCAACAGAAGUCACUGAGCUUAAGCCAUGGAUAUACUAUAUGUUUUUCUCCAGGGGAUUUAUUCAAUUGUUUUGUGUCUGACAGUCCUUCUAUUGAUCCACUGCCUUUUCUCUAACAUAACCCAAAAGGAUGGAAAGGAGCCUCCAGGACCCACACCAUAUCCCAUUUUUGGGAACUUCCCGCAGCUGUACCUGAAGAAAACACAUGUCACGUUACUGGAGCUAUCCAAACAAUUUGGAUCUAUUUUCACCAUCUAUCUGGGGACCAAAAAAGUGGUGGUCCUGGUAGGAUACAACGCAGUAAAGGAGGCACUUGUUGACUAUGCUGAAGUGUUUGGAGAAAGGGAUCUGACACCAAUUAUUGAUGAGCAUUUUCAAGGACAUGGUAUUGUGUGGGCUAAUGAUGACACAUGGAAAGAGAUGAGGCGCUUUUCAAUGAUCAACCUGAAGGACUUUGGAAUGGGAAAGAAAGAAUUUGAGGACAAAAUCAUUGAGGAGUGUCAUUACCUUAUGGAAGCUUUUAAACAGUUCAAAGGAGAAUUUGAUGUCAAGCAAUCAUUAAACAAUGCAACUGCCAAUAUUUCCUGCUCCUUGAUCUAUGGCAACAGAUUUGAUUACAAUGACCUGGAGUUUACAUCUUUGGUACAUCGUACAUGUAGAAACACCACACUUUUGAGUGCCCCAUCUGUCCAGCUUUAUAACAUGGUCCCGUGGAUUGGCAAAUGGUUCUCUUACCCAAAUGAAUUCAAAAAAGCAUUUGCAGCCAAUAGGGAACAACAGAGGAAAUUGGUGAGUCAUUUGAAAGAAACUCUCGAUCCAAAGAUGUGCAGAGGAUUUGUGGAUGCCUUUCUGAUUCACCAAGACAAUUUGGAGAAAUCUGGAAUUACCACCAGUCAUUUCCACAAUGAAAACCUCUUGAUAACAAUAAUGAAUUUAUUUGUUGCUGGCACUGAAACAUCAGCACGCACAGUCACAUGGGGACUUUUUCUUAUGGCCAAGUAUCCAAAGAUACAGGAGAAGGUCCGGGAGGAGCUAAGUAGUGUAGUGGGAAAUCGUCAGGUUCAGUUUAAAGACAGGACAGAGCUGCCUUUCACCAAUGCUGUCAUCCAUGAGACACAGAGGCUAACAGCUGUUGCUGCCCUGGGGCUUCCUCACAGAACUUCACAGGACAUUACCUUUAGAGGUCACUUCAUUAAGAAGGGGACAGCUGUGUAUCCUUUCCUGUUUUCUGUUCUGUCUGAUGAGAGUAAAUGGGAGAAACCGUACACUUUUUAUCCGGAACACUUCCUGGACAAAGAUGGAAAGUUUAUCCAGCGUGAUGCCUUCAUGGUUUUUUCUGCAGGUCGCAGGGUUUGUCCCGGAGCAAAUCUGGCCAGAACGGAAGUCUUCAUCUUCUUCACCACCCUUCUGCAGCACUUCCGAAUUACUUUUCCACCUGGAGUUUCAGAGGAUGAACUGCUUCUAUCACCAUCUGAUAGUCUCAUCCUUAACCCUUCAAAUGUUAAACUGUGUGCUGUCCCCUUGUGAGACACAGUGGGCUGAUGUAAUUAAUUCUAAACAAGAAAUAUUUUAUAUAAAACAAGCUUCUAAUGAAAUAGGUAGAAGGGGUGGUGUUUCUUUGAUUCUUCUUUAAGCAAGCAAAAUCAGUUUGAGACUCCGAAAGAAACCUGCAGCACCACGAGGAGCUUUGUAAGGAUAUUUUUGAUUCAUGUCAAUUAGCUUGAAUAAAAAUGUACACUUAAACACAAGAAAACGAAUCGAUGAGUGAGUGGAAAGACAAAUUGAUCUGUGAACUAAUGAUAAUCAAUUAUAAUCGUCAUCUUUAGGAGCUGGUUAAAGCAGAGAUAAAUGUAGAAUGCAGCUGAAAUAAAGCAAAAUGUAACUAACAAAGUGUGCAGGUCAGUACAUAAAAGGUGUGGUUUGCCACUGUUAAAGUAUUUCUGUAUCAACCAACAACCAAAUAUAUCUUUAACUUCAACCAA